AUGGUCGCAUUUGGCAGCACGGCCAACGCGAAGGCGGCCUCGCCGGAGGGCCUGGUGCAGCUCUCGGGCCAGAAGGCGCCGAAGGGCAAGCAGCAGCGCGCCAGCAAGGGCAAGCUGUCCGCGGACGAGUGUGCGGAGCUCCGGCGCCUGGCGAGGUCGGCCAAGGGCGGCGAGAGCGAGGCGCUCGAGCACCUCAAGAGUCACGGUAUCGACCUCGAGGUGCUCGGCAUCGGCCAGGACCCGUGCCAGAUUGCCCUCAAUGCCGGCGACAUGGCCGACGUCAAGAACACCAGCGAGGAGAAAACCACGACCACCGAGGAGAAAACCACGACCACCGAGGCCGACGAGUGUUCAAGCGGAGGUGACGACUGCACCAGCACCAAGUGCUGCAGCAGGCCAGGCGCGCAGUGUUACGAGAAGACCCCGGACUAUGCCAAGUGCCGGGUGGAGUGCGUCCCCGGCAAGGACCUCACGGACGUGGACAGCACGCCCUGGUCCUGCAAGGAGCUCGGCGAUCGUACCCCGGGCGAGGAGAAGUGCUCCGACGUCGGCGACAAUUGCAUGGAGACCAGGUGCUGCAGCGACGUCGGCUUCGCCUGCUACGCCAAGAACAAGACGUUCGCAACAUGCAGGGCGGGCGCGUGCGUGCCCGGGCCCGACUACACCGACGAGGACGGUUGGGAGCCGUGGACCUGCGAGCAGCUCUCCGAGCCGACCCCCGGCGGCAAGGCCGCGUGGGUCGAGAACGAGUGCGCUGGCGACGAGGACGACUGCCGGGAGGCGGCCUGCUGCAGGACCACGCGCUACCAGUGUUACGAGAUGGGCGAGGGCUGGGCGCAGUGCAAGGCGGACUGCUCCACCGAGCCGGACCCGGAGAGGUCGUGGGAGGACCCGUGGACGUGCCAGGAGCUUGGGCCGCGCACCCCGGAGAGCGCCGCGGAUGUCGGCACCGGCCCGCGGGGCGGCCAGGUUGCCUCCUGGGUGAGGGAUCGCUGCUCCAAGGACGCCGAGGACUGCACGGAGUCGCAGUGCUGCACAGAGGUUGGCGCGCAGUGCUUCGCCAAGGACAAGACCUAUGCCAAGUGCAUGCUGUCUUGCAACUCCUCCGCGCCCGACACCGAUGGCUGGUCGUGUGAGGCGAAGGGCUCCCCCAGCUUCGGGAUCGCGCGCAAGAGCUGGCCCUCGCUGUUCUGCUUCUCGGUCAUCCACGUCUGCCCGGACGAGAAGAAGUGCUACGAGAACGCGCUCAUGAACAGGAUCUACGAGCUGGGCCCCGAUUCCGCAGGAAUCUUCGGCUGCGACGAUUGGAACGUGUUCGCGAACGAGCCUGCGAAGGUCGGGGGCCGGGACGCCACGCAGAUCAAGGGCAACAUCUCGGUGGGCAUCUCCAAGGACGGGACGGCGGCGAACACGGAGUUGUUCAUGGCGGUCUGGGAGCUCGUGAUCGACGACGGAAGGUUCAGGAUGCACGACUGGACCGUGAAGAUGGACCCGGACGCCGUGCUCCUGCCGUGGAAGCUCGGCGACCGCCUCGCGCCCCACACCAACAACGGCGAGCACGACGGCAGGCUCUUCGUCGUGAACUGCAACGCCUGGCCGGGGUCCGACUCGUUCCCCAUGAUGUACGGCUCCGUCGAGAUCUUCUCGAAGGGCGCCAUGACGGCGUAUGCCGCAAACAUGCCCGCUGCGCAGACUACUUCCAGUGGGAGGACUGGGGCGAGGACUACUUCAUCACCCGAUCCCGCGGCGGCGGGUGCAUGGACCAGCUGGACGUGGGCCGCCUGGACAUGUUCGACCUGGUCGGCGACAACGUCUGCGUGGGCCCGGGCCAGGGCGGCACCGGCGACUGCAGCGAGGGCGAGAGGGCGGCCUUCCACCCCUUCAAGGACAUCGAGGUCUGGACGAACUGCUACAACAACGCCGUCGGGUACCACCCGCCCACUCCCGCGCCCGCCCCCGAGGAGAGGGCCAGGAGCAGCAGGAGGGCGCCGAGGACUGGCAGCAGCAGGACUGGCAGGAGCAGCAGGCCUAGAGGAGACUCGGCGGCCGUAG